AUGGCCCCCAAGCCGGCGGCACCACCAGCAGCAGCGGCAGAAAAAGGGAAACCCGGCGCUGCUCCUCCUACCAAACCAAAAGCACUCUGGAAAAUCCCCGUCAAGAUUGGAUGGAUAUUUCUUGGGAUUUUUGCCUUCAUCUGCUUUUGCGUCUUGGUCACAACGGCCUUCCUCUUUUAUAAGAUGAAUAAAGAAAAGGGGAGCCCACUUGAUCAGCCAAUGCAAAAACUGAGGACCGCAAUGGCAACCGGGCUAAGAAAGAACAAUCUCAUCACUGACAAUCCCUUGAAGGUAGCUGAAGAAGUCACGAACCUGCCACAGCACAUAGCGGAUGCCGAAACCCUCUACAACGAGCGGAAAGUAAAGUACCAAAACCUCUUCAAGAAAGGUGCAAGAUCGUCUGGCGGCUGGAAGCUUUUCGGGAAGAAUCUCUACUACAUUUCAAAAGGCAAAAAGACCUGGUAUGAUGCCGAGAACUUCUGCAUGUCCAGAGAUGCACAUUUGGCCUCCAUCCUGACUGAUGAAGAACAGACCUACAUCACUUCUCAACUCAUCUCUCCUGCCUGGAUUGGCCUUACAGAUGAAAGUGAGGAAGGCAACUGGGAGUGGACAGAUGGCUCCAGAUUAAUAACACAGUAUUGGUCUGUUGGCAAUCCAAACAGCUGGCAGAACUAUGGAGACACAGAGGAAGAUUGUGCUUCCAUUAUUCCUUCAUCUAGAGAAAAAAAUUGGAGCGAGUGUAACUGCCAUGAACUUCACAGUUGGGUUUGUAAGGAGAGCCUAGACACGGGAGAAUUGUAAAACGUGACAAACCCAUUGCCUGGAGCCACACUAGAGUGAAGAUGGAACACAUUUCAUUUCACUUCAUGGGGAGUCUGCUCAGCCACAGAAUGAACAAGAGCGAACAAGAAAAUUCUAUCUUAUUCAAGGACUAUUCCUUCAGUUUCCUGACGCCAAGAGAGAUUGGAGUAUGUGUGCUAUUAUCAGCUGAC